AUGUCGGAAGAGCAAGGACAAAUAUCUACGAAAUCGUUAAUAUUAACAUCAAAUAUUAACAUCUAUCUAUCUAUCUAUCUAUCUAUCUAUCUAUCUAUCUAUCUAUCUAUCUAUCUGUCAGAAUCUCUUCAAAUGUUUUUCUCUCGCUAUCUCAAUAUUUUCUUCUCUCUUUAUCUUUGUCUUUUCAUAUCUAUCUAUCUAUCUAUCUAUCUAUCUAUCUAUCUAUCUAUCUAUCUAUCUAUCUAUCUCUUCAAAUGUCUUUCCGUCUCGCUAUCUCAGUCUUUUUUUCUCUCUCACUAUCUCAGUCUUUUCGUUAUCUAUCUAUCUAUCUAUCUAUCUAUCUAUCUAUCUAUCUAUCUAUCUAUCUAUCUAUCUAUCUAUCUAUCCCAUCUUUUCUUCUCUUUCUCUGUCGCUUUCUUUUCAUAUCUAUCUAUCUAUCUAUCUAUCUAUCUAUCUAUCUAUCUAUCUAUCUAUCUAUCUAUCUAUCUAUCUCAGCCUCUUCACAUCUUCCCUUUCUUUCUUUCUUUCUUUCUUUCUUUCUUUCUUUUUCUUUCUUUCACAUUAAAUGUCUAUCCUAUUUGCGUCUUUUUUCUUUCUUUCUUCUUCUUCUACUCUUCUUUCACACUUUUUUCUUUCUUUCGUAAAGCUCCUCCCUUUCUCCUUUUCUUUCUUUCUUUCUUUCUUUCUUUCUUUCUUUCUUUCUUUCUUUCGUCUUCUUCCACUCUUCUUUCUUUCUUUCUUUCUUACAGCUCUUUCUUUCAUCUUCUUCCUCUCUUCUUUCUUUCUUUCUUUCUUUCUUUCUUUCUUUCUUAA